AUGAUAAGUGAUGUGCAUAAUGCUUUACACAUUGAAUUACUAUGUAAUCCAAUUGUUACAUGUGACAUUGAAAAUUUUGAUAAAAACAAUAUUGUCAAACCUAAAUGGGAUAAUAAUAACUGUCAACUGUUUAAUGAUGCUUUAAAUGCUGAUAAUAUCAAUGACUUGUAUGAGCGACUUGAUUCACUUGAUGUUACAUCUGUUACCAAAGAUAUGAUUAAUGACUUUGUUGUUGAAUAUAAUGAUAUUAUUAUUCAUGCUGCUACUGAUAGUAAUAUGUUAAAAGAAAUAAAUGUUAGUGAGAAGAAAUGUAGAAAAAAACCUAAGUGUAAGGCUAAUAAACCAUGGUUUAAGGCAGAUUGUAAAAGAAAAAGGAGUGAUUAUCACAAAGCCAAAUGUUAUAAUUGGCGUGUCAAAACUGUUGAUAGCAUGAAUAACUUAGUCAGAUGUAGUAAAAAUUAUAAAAAGGUAUUGAAUUGUCAAUAUAAUGAGUAUAGACGAAACUUUGUCAAGAAACUCCGAAAUCUUAGUCGGAAUGAUCCAAAGUCUUACUGGACAUUGUUAAAUAGGUCAGGAAAUUGUAAUGGUAAAAAUAAGGUACUUGAAAAAGUGUCGAAUGAAUGUUUUUUUGAGCAUUUUAAGAAGUUAAGCAAUGCACAAGAGGACAAUGAUUGUGAUUUUGUAGAUGUUGAUAGAAAUACUGUUACUAAUCUGAAUAUUAAUGUAAAUGCUGUUAUCACCGAAAAAGAGGUUGAAAAUGCAAUUAAGAAUUUGAAAAAUAACAAAUCAUGUGGUACAGAUUUAAUUUUGAAUGAAUUUUUAAAGUUUUCAAGCCAUAAAAUGCUUCCUUUAUUUGUGAAGCUGUUUAAUAUUAUUUUUGAAGCUGGUAUUGUGCCAGACUUAUGGUCGAUUGGUGUUAUAUGUCCAAUUUAUAAAAACAAAGGUGAUGUCACUAACCCUGACAAUUACAGGGGGAUUACAAUACUUAGUUGUUAUGGUAAACUUUUUACAGCUGUACUAAAUAACAGACUUAAUGUUUAUCUUGAAAAUAUGAAUGUUCUCUGUGAAGAACAGGCAGGUUUUAGAAAGAAUUAUGGAACUUAUGAUCAUAUAUUCAAUCUUAAAUGUUUAAUUGAUUUGUACUUACACAAGAAUAAACCACUAUAUUGUGCCUUUAUUGAUUAUCGCAAGGCUUUUGACUCCAUUAAUAGAACAGCUUUAUGGAAUAAGUUACUGCAAAACUGUAUUGAUGGUAAAAUGUUUAAUAUUGUACAUGCUAUGUAUGAAAAUGCUAAAUCUUGUGUACGACAGGGUAGUCAAAUGUCAGAUUAUUUUCAAAGUAAUGUUGGUGUUAGACAGGGAGAAAACCUGUCGCCUGUACUUUUUUCGCUGUUUCUUAAUGAUUUAGUCCAGUUUGUAUCUAAUGCAUAUGAUGGGUUGUCAGAUGUUUGUAAUGCUGUUCAUACUGCUCUUGAUACUGAUGAAAUUUCUGUCUAUUUAAGAUUUAUUAUUAUAUGCUGA